GACAGGCAUCACUGAUGGGCAAAGUGACAGAGCAAGAAGCAACACUUGGACUAACACUUGAAAGUCUUUUGGAUCCAUCCGUGUUGAAGGCUUGAAGGCAGACUUUUCAUGACCUCAGCUGAUUUCUGAAGAGUCUGAAAUGCACUGAGAGGCAUUUCUCUCUCCAGCUUUAGAGCAUAUUUUUGUUUUUGUUAUCGGUCUAUGCACAACAGGACUUUCAGGACAAUUAUAGGAUAACUCAGAGGGAAGGACAUCAAACAUUACCAAGAUUGCAUAACAUAGAAAUCUUGUUGAAUCUCGGCAUUUUUAACGACAGACCAGACAGAUCGAUCAGCUGAAGUAACCAUGGUUGGAACAGGUGGUCCAGUGUCCACUUUCUCCGUGUGGGAUUAUGUGGUUUUUGCGGCAAUUAUUGUGGUGUCAGCAGGCAUCGGUCUAUUCCAGUCUUUCCGAGGACGUAAGGAGUCCACCAGCGCAGAGUUCUUGUUGGGUGGACGGCAAAUGACAGCUGUACCGGUUGCCAUGUCGCUCACAGCCAGCUUCAUGUCUGGCAUCACGGUCAUUGGCACACCUGCUGAGGCCUAUGUGUACGGAACUGCCUUCUGGCUCUUCGGGUUCUCCUAUGCCAUCAUGUCUGCCAUUAGUGCUGAGAUUUUUGUACCACUUUUCUACCGACUGGCCAUCACCAGCGCCUAUGAGUACCUGGAGAUGCGCUUCAGUCGACCCAUUCGGUUGCUGGGGACAACAAUGUACAUCGCACAGACGGCCCUGUACACCGGUUUAGUCAUCUAUGCUCCAGCUCUCGCACUAAAUCAAAUCACUGGACUUCACCUGUGGGGAGUGCUGGUGGCUACAGGAGCGGUGUGCAUCAUCUACUGCACUUUGGGUGGUCUGAAAGCAGUAAUCUGGACAGACGUGAUGCAGUUGGUGAUCAUGCUGGCAGGUUUUGUGAUUGUCAUAGCAAGAGGAGCUGUAAUACAGGGAGGCCUAACAAACAUCUGGGAAGAUGCUCGGGAAGGAGGUCGACUACAUGCGUUCGAUUUUGACCCAGAUCCUCUUAGGCGACACACUUUUUGGACCAUAGUGGUCGGUGGUAGCAUCAUGUGGCUGUCCAUCUAUUCCAUCAACCAGUCCCAGGUGCAGCGCUACAUCUCCUGCAAAACUUUGGGACACGCCAAGAUGUCUCUGUAUGUGAACAUGUGUGGCUUGUUGGUAACUGUGACUCUGGCUAUGCUUGCUGGCUUAACCAUGUACUCCAUUUACAAGAACUGUGACCCAAUUUCGAAUGGUGAUGUCGGUUCUUCCGACCAGCUGCUGCCCUACCUCGUCAUGGACAUGUUGCACAUCUACCCUGGAAUCCCUGGUCUGUUUGUGGCUGCAGCAUAUAGUGGCACCCUGAGCACAGUGUCUUCCAGCAUUAAUGCCCUUGUAGCCGUCACGGUGGAAGACUUUCUUGCUCCGGUGUGCAAAAAUUUCACAGCGAAACAAGUGACCUGGAUGAACAUGGGCCUGAGUGUGUUCUUUGGAGCCGUGUGCAUUGGGAUGGCAGGAGUAGCCUCAGCCAUGGGGAGCAUUCUGCAGGCAGCUCUGUCCAUAUUUGGCAUGAUCAACGGGCCACUUCUCGGUCUGUUUCUGCUCGGCAUCUUUUUCCGAACGUCAAAUUCAAUCGGAGCACUUUCAGGACUGAUCACUGGUCUGGCGUUGACUCUGUGGGUGGGGAUCGGAAGCCAGCUUUAUCCACCAACAGCUGUAAAGACUUUACCUCUGCCAGUCAACACUACAGGCUGCAACAGAACAAUGGAGCCAAGCUACACAACAGUAACUCCCUGGAGUACUCCAGAAACAGAGUAAGUCAGUUUACAUUCAACAAAAGCCCCUCUUGCAGACACCUGGUACUCCCUGUCCUACCUCUACUUUGGUCCGUUCGGCACUCUGGUCACAAUAAUCUGUGGCCUCCUGGUGAGCAUAAGCACAGGUGGAUGCAAGCAAAGGCAUCACAAUCCUGAUCUGUUUGUGAAGAAGAGUGAUUUGCUCUGCUUCCGCUACUGCAACAAAUCACAGGCAAGAGACUUCAAAGGAAAGCCUCCAACAGACAUUUCCAUGGGAGCAGACAACCUGGCGUUCACAGACAAAGACGUGACAGACAAAGAUGCUGAAAAAUGUACAAGACUGUGAUGUCACUCGAUGAGGAACCUACAAGAGAAGUCCGGAUGCUUUCUACCGAAGCUCCUACCUUAACCACGACCAGGACGGCUGGGAUUCUGCACACACAUUCUAUAUCAAUACAAUGUUUCACUACAGAGUCAUUUUAAUACAAAAAUGACAAGCAAUUAUUACUUCAAUAUCAGCAUUUGCCUAUUUAUAUGUAUUUUAAACUUGUGAAGAUUAAAUCAUCUGUGUAGCUACACUCAGCACUGAAAUGUAAGAAAAGUAAGCAAGAGAACUGAAGGAAAAUGUUUUCUAAAAAUAGCUUUGUUAGCACCGCCUACAGGUUUUAUAAUGGCACAAGGUCGUAUGUCCUGCGCCUCACUGAUUGAGCUGCUCCCAUUUCCUGUUUGAAGGUGUUGUGGCAGCAUUGUUUCACUUUUAUUGUCCUCUGUGUAGAUGUUCUCGCUGAUACCAGACACUAUCUCCACGCUCUACCUGAACACUGUCCCUCGUUUUACGCUGACGCAAACUGGAACGUUGUUUAUUUUACAGCAUGUAUGAUGAUGGCAUUGCUGUGUUGAAGAAACAACGGCUCUAUUUGUUUAUGAACUGGUUGUUUUUAUAUGUAAAUUGUGCCCUCUUGAUAAACUGCCU